AUGGCUCCUUUUCUUCAAACCAGCCUCGCGCUCCUUCCAUUGUUGGCUUCCACCAUGGUCAGCGCCUCGCCAUUGGCGCCGCGAGCCGACACCUGCGCAACCAAGGGCCGGCCGGCCGGCAAAGUGCUCCAGGGCUACUGGGAGAACUGGGACGGUGCCAAGAACGGAGUGCACCCUCCGUUUGGCUGGACGCCCAUCCAAAACCCCGACAUUCGCAAGCACGGCUACAACGUCAUCAAUGCUGCCUUUCCCAUCAUCCAGCCCGACGGCACCGCGCUCUGGGAGGACGGCAUGGACACAGGCGUCAAGGUGGCGAGCCCGGCCGACAUGUGCGAGGCCAAGGCAGCGGGCGCCACCAUCUUGAUGUCGAUUGGCGGUGCUACUGCGGCCAUUGACCUGAGCUCGUCGGCUGUGGCUGACAAGUUUGUCUCGACCAUUGUGCCGAUUCUGAAAAAGUACAACUUUGACGGCAUUGAUAUCGACAUUGAAUCCGGCCUCACAGGCAGCGGAAACAUAAACACCCUGUCCACCUCGCAGACCAACCUGAUUAGAAUCAUUGACGGCGUUCUCGCGCAGAUGCCCGCCAACUUUGGCUUGACCAUGGCGCCAGAGACUGCCUACGUUACCGGUGGGACGAUUACGUACGGAUCAAUCUGGGGCUCCUACCUCCCCAUCAUCAAAAAGUACCUCGACAACGGUCGUCUCUGGUGGCUCAACAUGCAGUACUACAAUGGCGAAAUGUACGGCUGCUCUGGCGACUCGCACAAGGCCGGCACUGUCGAAGGGUUCGUUGCUCAGACCGACUGCCUGAACAAGGGACUUACUAUUCAGGGCGUGACAAUCACGAUUCCCUAUGACAAGCAAGUGCCUGGCCUUCCUGCCCAGCCGGGGGCUGGUGGCGGCCACAUGUCCCCGUCCAACGUGGCGCAAGUUCUCUCCCACUACAAGGGCGCUUUGAAGGGAUUGAUGACUUGGUCUCUGAACUGGGACGGCUCCAAGAAUUGGACAUUUGGCGACAAUGUCAAGGGGACUUUGGGGACUGCGUAA